AUGGCAUCUCAUCUCAAGCGCAAGCGCACGGCCGCAGAGCCGUCACCCGCGUCGAGCAUCAAACCAACCAAAAUAGCCCGUAGCUCACUCGCAGCAAGUCGCGACAUCACGUCGUCGGGCCCCAUCACCACUCCCGCCAACGCCGCGGCGCAGCUGGAGCGCAUAGCCUCGUCGGACCGCACACCCUUUGAGAAAAAGGUGUGGUCGCUGCUCUGCCAGAUCCCGCCGGGCCACGUGUCGACGUACGGGCUCAUGUCGGCGGCCCUGGGGUCGAGUCCGCGCGCCGUCGGCAACGCCCUGCGCCGCAAUCCCUUUGCUCCGCAGGUCCCCUGCCACCGAGUCGUGGCGACCGGCGGCCAGCUCGGCGGGUUCAAGGGGCAUUGGUCCCGGAAUGGCGAGGGCAUCACCAUUGACGAGAAGAAGAAGCUCUUGAGGAUGGAGGGUGUCAAGAUUGAUCCCAGCGGGCGCGUCCUCGGCACGCCCUGGUCAGCUUUCGUGUAA